ACCCAGUCGGCAGUCGCCAUCCCAGCCUGGAGAAAGCGCGUUCCGUUCCAGGGAGGGGAAAGCUUCAAAGCCUUGGCGACGAAUCAACCCAAAAGCAAAGCAGAGCAUCCUCCAACCAAUCCCAAGCCCAAUCCCAAGCGAAGAGGGAGAGAUUCUUCAGCAAGCGGCAAGCGGAAGAGGGGGAUCUCCGCCAAUCGCCGGAUCGGAAGCCAUCGUCCUCCCCCGCCCACCGCCAUGAGCUUCAUAUUCGGCAAGAAGAAGACCCCAGCCGAGCUGCUGCGGGAGAAUAAGCGGAUGCUGGACAAGUCCAUCCGGGACAUUGAGAGGGAGAGGCAGGGCCUGCAAACUCAGGAGAAGAAGCUCAUUGCCGAGAUCAAGAAGGUGGCCAAGCAGGGACAGAUGGGAGCUGUGAAAGUCAUGGCAAAGGACCUUAUCCGCACAAGACACCAGAUCACAAAAUUCUAUGCCCUCAAGUCCCAACUACAAGGUGUAUCUCUUCGUAUUCAGACGCUGAAAUCAACACAAGCAAUGGGUGAAGCCAUGAAGGGUGUCACAAAAGCUAUGUCACAAAUGAACAGGCAGAUGAAUCUACCUGCACUUCAGAAGAUAAUGCGGGAAUUCGAGAUGCAGAAUGAGAAGAUGGAGAUGGUUAGUGAAGUGAUGGGCGAUGCCAUUGAUGAUGCUUUGGAGGGUGAUGAGGAGGAGGAAGAAACAGAAGAACUAGUUAGCCAAGUCCUUGACGAAAUUGGCAUCGACAUCAACUCUGAGCUUGUCAAGGCUCCUGCGACUGCAGUUGCUAAGCCGGUCGCAGCGGGAAAAGUUCCUGCUCAAGCUGAAGCCGCAGGUGGGGCGGAUGGUGGAAUAGAUGAUGACUUACAGGCGCGGCUUGAUAAUCUGAGGAAGAUGUGAUCAUUGGAGUCUGACAAAAUAUUCAAUACACUUUGUUUGUAGUUGUGUACCAUAAAUAUAACCACUUUGGCAAUCCUUUUCACAUCUCAUUUGCAGUAUGUUUGUCAUUGCCCCUUGCAUAUAGAAUAUCUAGUACCAUGAACUAGGUUUCGCGUUCU